AUGCCCGGCCGCGACUUUGACUCGCUUACUCGGCCGCUGCUUCUCUUCUCGUUGGGGCUCUUGCUCGGCCUGGCCCGUCGCGUCUCCUCGCUGGACAACGGGCUGUUGAGGACGCCCCCGAUGGGCUGGGAGCCCUGGGUGCGUUUCAAGUGCAACACGGACUGUGCGAAGGACCCCGAGAACUGCAUCAGCGAGCACCUGAUCAAGGCCAUGGCGGACCGGCUGGCUGCGGACGGGUGGAAGGAGCUGGGCUACGAGUACGUCACCCUGGAUGACUGCUGGGCAGCUGGCAAGCGGGACGCCCUCGGGAGGCUCCAGGCAGACCCCCAGAGGUUCCCCAGCGGGAUGAAGGCCCUGGCUGACUAUGUUCAUUCCAAAGACUUGAAAUUUGGCAUCUAUAGUGACUUGGGCAACACCACCUGUGCGGGUUAUCCGGGCACCACCCUGGAUACUGUGGAAACGGAUGCAAACACCUUUGCAGAGUGGGGGGUCGACAUGCUAAAGCUGGACGGCUGCUUCUCCAACUCCUCCCUCAAGGCCAUAGGCUACCCCAAAAUGAGCCGAGCGCUGAAUCAAACUGGGAGGCCCAUCGCCUUGUCUUGCAGUUGGCCAGCUUACGAAGGGGGUCUUCCGCCAAAGGUGAAUUACACCUUACUGGGCCAGAUUUGUAACUUCUGGAGAAAUUACGCUGAUAUUGAAGAUACUUGGGACAGCCUCUUCCACAUCAUUGAAUGGUACGGAGACAAUCAGGAUAUCCUGCAGCCAGCCUCAGGGCCUGGAAGGUGGAAUGACCCCGACAUGCUGAUUGUCAGUGACUUUGGCCUGAGCCACGAGCAGUCGAAGGUGCAGGCAGCGCUGUGGGCGAUCCUGGCAGCCCCCUUCUUCAUCUCCUGCAACCUGAGGAACAUCUCAGAGGAGGCCAAAGACAUGCUGCAGAAUCCGCUCCUGAUCUACAUUAAUCAGGACCUGAGGGGAGUUCAAGGCAGACUCCUUGCCAGGAAGCAGAACUUUGAAGUAUGGAAGAGGCCCCUGGUCAAUGGCCAGUAUGCGGUCGCAGUCCUGAACAACAGAACUGAUGGGGCCCCACGGUCAUUUGCCACAACCCCGAGCCUUCUGGGAAUCUCAGGCUGCAGCGCAGGCUAUAGGCUCUAUGAUGUUCUGGACAAGCUGUCAAUGGGCGUUUAUGCCCUCAAUGACACCAUCAGUGCCAAGGUGACGCCCACUGGAGUGCUGCUGCUCUUCCUGAACCCGCUGUGCUAAUCCUU